UUCUCGCCGACCUUCCAACUGACGCCGAAGCUGCGCCAUCGCAAUCAAUGCUCCCACCAAAGCCAAAGAGAGUUAAGAAGGCUCAGCCCAAGGCCAAGGCUACAGAUGCCGAAGCUGAGGAUGCUUUGCCUAUUUCGAAGCUGGCAGAAAGCAGAAAAUCAACCUCUGCUUCCACCAAGAGGUCAGCUGAGGGCCAACCCUCAGGGUCUACACAAUCAAAGAGGCCAAGGUCAUCGUCUGCGACGACCUCGGCGUCAAAGAAGCCCGAUGUUCCAUGGGCUCCUGAACUAACUCUGGAGGAUAGGCCUAUCAUGGCCAGUGAAAGUGCCGACGAUAUUAACGUUGGUGUCGCCCUCAGCACUGCUCUUCUGCUUCCAAAUGAUUUGGAGCGAAAUGCUAAGCUUAGUGAGUAUGAGAAUUAUGCUCUCAUGCUCCAACAUUCUGUUCAGGCUAUCCAACACGCCCAUUCAUUUUCAAUGCAAUCCUUUGAAAAUCGUCAAAGAUUGGUUGAUAUGAAGAGGGAGGCGUCCUCUCUGAAGAGGGAGAUAAAGUCUCUUGAAUCAAAAAUGAAAAAACUGGAGGAUCAGGCCGAGGCUGCCACUAAAGCCCAAACUUUAGCUCUUGAGAAGGCCGAAUCCGCUGAGGCCGUUAAAAAAGUUGCUGAAGCUGAGAAAAGAGAGGCCGAGGCUAAGAGGGCCCAAGCGGAGAAAGAACUCUAGCAAGCUCUGGCCACCAAGGAGGCCGAAGUCAAAGAGGCCGAUGAAAAGGCCUAUGCCCAAGGUAUGGCCGAC